CCUAGCGAGCGAGCGAGCAUGAAAUCUUUCUGUCUUUACCAAGAUCAAAUGGAGCUACUCGGUCAGGGGAUGCCAUUAUUACCUCCACUAUGCAAUUUCCACUAUCAAUAAUUUAAUCUAUUUGCUGCAUAAACAGAAGGGGAAACCAGCAAGACAGAUUUUUGAAGGGGGAAGAAAACCAUCCCCCAAACCAGACCCAAUUUGGGAGUUUCGUCAGAGGUCCCACAUGCAGCGCUAUCGAUAUUGACUUGUACAAGUAGCCACUAAAAACAAAAGUUCCACCAAGUAAGAAGAGUGAUGACCAUCCUUUUCCUUACUAUGGUUAUUUCAUACUUCAGUUGCAUGAAAGCUGCCCCUAUGAAAGAAGCAAGUGUCAGAGGACUAGGCAGCUUGGCUUACCCAGGUCUUCGGACCCAUGGGACUCUGGAGAGCCUAAGUGGGCCCAACACUGGUUCAAGAGGACUGACAUCAUUGGCAGACACUUUUGAACAUGUCAUAGAGGAGCUUCUAGAUGAGGAACAGGACGUCCAGCCCAGUGAGGAAAACAAGGAUGCCGACUUGUACACAUCUCGGGUUAUGCUAAGCAGUCAAGUGCCUUUGGAGCCCCCAUUGCUCUUUCUGCUUGAGGAGUACAAAAAUUACUUGGAUGCUGCAAAUAUGUCCAUGAGGGUCCGGCGCCACUCUGACCCUGCUCGCCGAGGGGAGCUGAGCGUGUGUGACAGUACUAGUGAGUGGGUAACAGCAGCAGAGAAAAAGACUGCAGUGGACAUGUCUGGGGCAACGGUUACGGUCCUUGAAAAAGUCCCAGUACCCAAAGGCCAACUGAAGCAAUACUUCUAUGAGACCAAAUGCAAUCCCAAAGGUUACACAAAAGAGGGUUGCAGGGGCAUAGACAAGAGGCACUGGAAUUCCCAGUGCCGAACUACCCAGUCUUAUGUGCGAGCUCUCACCAUGGAUAACAAAAAGAGAGUUGGCUGGCGGUUUAUAAGAAUAGACACUUCCUGUGUAUGUACAUUGACCAUUAAAAGGGGAAGAUAGUGGAUUCAUGUUGUAUAGAUUAUAUUGAGACAAAAUUAUCUAUUUGUAUAUAUACAUAACAGGGUAAAUUAUUCAGUAAAAUAAUAAUUUUAUGGACUGCAUGUAUAACUGAAGUUUAUACAGUACAGUGGUUCCACAGUCUAUUUAUUGAACAUAUCCAUGACCUGAAGGGGGAACAAAUGUCAUUUGCGCACAACUAAAACAAAUAAGUCUCUGCAUUACAUUCCUUGAUAACAUUGUGGUUUGUUGCCGUUGCCAAGAAUUGAAAACGUAAAAAGUUUAAAAAAAUAAUAAAAUUGCAUGCUGCUUCAAUUGUGAAUUGAUGAUAAACUGUCCUCUUUCAGAAAAAAAAUUUGAACCAAAACAUUCCGUUUACAUUUUAGACAGUAAGUAUCUUUAUUCCUGUUCGUAUUAUAUCUGUUUACUGCUUUUAACUUCUGAUAGCGUUGGAAUUAAAACAAUGUCAAGGUGCUGUUGUCAUAGUUUUACUGUUUUUUUUACUUUUAAAUUCCCUCGAGGUUGGAAAAGGAAAAAAAAUCAUUAUGAUAUAUGUUCUGGAUAAAACAAAUUUGGGGGUUUUUUUUGUAUGUUGUGAAGGUGUUUGCAAUAUUGAAUCAGGCUACUGACAAAAUAAAUAAAAAAAAAAGAGGCAACUGAAAAAGAAUGCUGAUGUUCUGCUUCACAUUGCUGAACUGCAGGCUUAAGGACAUACUUGUGUAACUGUCUGGCCCCAUGCUUUUUUUUUUUUAAAAAUAUAUAUAUAUAUAUAUUGGAAAAAACUGCAUUUGCUUAUAUCACAUUGGUUUGUGUGGGGGAUAAGGUCUGGGGGAGGGGUUGUUUGGAGUCCCCCACCCCUCCUGUCUUGGGCAGGAAAUUGAUUGCAAUCUCUAAAAUAUUUCACUCCUCACCAUAUGACUAAGCUUGUCAUAUUGAAAAUAUCAUCUAGAGUGUUGAGAGCAAUUACUUAAAAUGUAAUAAAAGCCUUUUUGUGCUUGGAUCAAACAUUUUGUUGAAGCACAGUAAAAUUUCACGAUAAUGUGGUCUGAACAGAGUACAGUAAACGUAGAUCAGAGCAGCUACAGGGUUGGACAGUGUGGGCCCAAUUCAAUUAUGAGUUACAACGCAUUGGUUUGAGUGGGGCUGCAUGAGUGUAAAUCUGCAAUGAAUUUGGCACCAUGUGUUCAGCAGCAGAACAAUGCCAUUGCCCUGCAUACUGAUGUAUGUACUAUAGCCUAAUUCUCCACUGAUGACAAAGGAAACAUCUAAUAUGCUCUGUCCCUUUUGUUUCUGGGAAAUAUAGCACUUGAGAAAUUGAGAGAAUUGAGGCCUGAAAGACUCUGGAGGGGUGGCUCUGGAAUGAAGUAGAAAGAGGGCUCUACCUCUACCUUUAAGUAGCGAAUAUAUUUGAAUACGUUCAAGAGGUUCUAUAUCUUAAGGCGCAGUACAUGGCAGCUUUAAUCUAUUAAACAAAUAGCGACAAAAAUGGUAGGUGUGAUAGUCACUCUUGGGAUAACUAACACCAAAUCUAGUUAGAUGUGAAUAUCCAAUUGCAGCAAUGUCCUAGUAGUCCAAUAGCAUGAAAUCCGUAUUUUUGAGUUAGAAACUCAAAAACAGAGCAAAGGUGAUUAAACAAAGGAUAAAUGUAGGUAAGGACUAAGUACAGCAAUUGCAGUGAAUACAGUGAGGGAAACACGCAUUCUAGAGUGAGGGAAAGUAGCUCACCCUCUGCUCAAGUAACCAGUAGUUAAUGAGUCCAUUAGCCCAAUAUUUCAGCUUUGUAGGCAAUUCAGGUAGGUGUGAGAAAAGAGAUAAGAGAAAAAAUAGGUAAAACAAGAACACUUAAGUUUUGCUAUACUUCAUCCGGAAUUUAAUAUUAGCAAAAUUUGUGCCCUAUUUUGCAUCUCUAUUUUAAUGCACCAGUGAUCAGGCUUAUUGUAAAAUGUACUCCUUUCUCCCAAAUUAUCCCUGGACAUAUGUUCAACACCCAAUAACCCACCUAUUUGAUCAAUAUACAAAUAGACAUUAUCCCCUAAAUUAACCCAAUUAUCCUUGUCAGCCAAGAUUGACUAAAUAAAUGGUCCUUAUACUAAAGGUAAACAGACUCUGGAUCUGUCAGUUCAGCAGAAGAAAUGACUACCAGAAUUUAGCUGCCCCACCUGCUCAAUGACAACUCUUCCUCCAUCCUCAAUAUGUUUAAGCUUAGGGACUGCUAGCAGGAGUGUGCUGCUGCAACUGUGGAAAUCCACAGGGAUAAAGAGAGAGACAUUUAUCUGAACCUCUUGAAGCUUCAAACUUCAGGCUUUAUGGAGAGAUUUCAGGCAUGCUGCUCCCAGAGGGAAACUAGAAAUAAAGUACUUACCUUUUUGAAGAUCUGAAAGCUCCAGUUUGAGUUUGCUUUAUACAGACUGAAGGGUUGGGUGGAAGAGGAUUUGAUUUUGUUCAAAAUCAGUUUUGUGUAUGUUAAAUAUCCUUAUUUUUCAUAGCCCUGAUAAUACUGUAUGAAGCAAUUGCAACCUCAAUAAUAUUUCCAUACUCUUUCUGUAGACAGAAGGGGUUUUGCCAUUUACUUUAAUGAAGCUGGAAUUUCAGCCAAGAAGAGUAAUUGACUCUACUGAGAUCUAACUUUAGAUGUGACAAUGAUUUUAUUUUGUCAUAUUUUUCAAACCACAAAAAUU